UUAAUUGUGUCGUUUUGUUGCGUUUUAUUCUGAAAUUAGAUCAAUUAUAUGUUACGAUGUCGAAGGGUUACAUGUCAACAAAUGUAAUGAUGCACGCGCUGAUGCUGAACCUAGAGUGCUACGAACCAGGACCCAAAGCUAUCGAUACGUUCACGCUCUCCCAGAUAGAAAAACUCUUGCAAUUGCUCGAGAAUUUCCUAGCUGAAUCCCAACUUGUGUCACUGGGCGAAAAUGAAACUGAAAAGGACAUGCUCAUGUCGUGCUACUACCAACAGCCAAAUGUCGUUCGUUGUCGAUUCUGCACUGCGACAUACAAUGAAUAUGAUGGAGCUGUAAAGCAUAUGAAAAAGCAUGAACGUCACAAAAAGCACGAGCCGGAAGUCGACUCGGCCGUAGUAAAGGGCUCAUUUAUGGAGAAAAAAUGUAUUCCGCGAUCGGGUGAAGUUUUGUCCAAAAAGAUGAAAAAAUUCUUGAGCAGAGAUCAUUCAGCAAUGAUACAAAAAAUUCGAUUAGAAAGCAAGUACGUGCAAACCGAUGAUGAGAAUAUGAAAGCCCAACAAGCGCUGGAACAAUGUUUGAGAAAAAGUUACCCAUCGGUAAAGUGUUACCAUUUUGGCUCGCGGGUUGCAGGCACAGGAUCUUUCACAAGUGAUUUGGAUGUAUUUGUUGAUCUGUAUGAUGUAUACAACGGACGGAAAAAUAAGGUCACGGCCGAAGAAUUAUCAGAUUCAGUAGAAAAAGUACAAAUAAUCCUGCAAAAUUCGUCAGAAUGGAUCAUUGAAGCAAUCGUGCUGAAUGCUCGCGUCCCUUUGUUACGAGUUUUCAAUCCCAAUUUCGAUAUCAAAUGCGAUUUAACAUUCAGCAACGGCCUAGCGCACCGUAACUCCGUGUGGUUGCAGUACAUGUUCAAUUUGCAGCCGACCAGUCGUUUGCUAGUGUGCUACCUUAAGGAAUGGAAUCGUGAAUGUUGUUUGAAUUCCUAUACACUAUCUUUGAUGGUUAUAUUCUUCUUCCAAUGCCAUAAUCUAUUGCCAUCUGUUGCAUCGUUGCAGAAUGAUCCAACAUGUGACGUCAUUAUCGACGACUGGAAUGGAGGUAUAAGCAUGCCAUCAUUUGAAGAACUACAUUUGGAGUCUUGCGAAGAUCCUGUACUGGUACUAUCGAAGCGAUUUUUCGAGUUCUACAGCCUAACAAAUAAAUCGUUUUCGCUGGAGACUCACGUGGUCUGCCCUUUGCUGGGUCAUACCGGCGUGUCAAAGAAGAUGUUCGACGGAUCUAAACUGGAAAACAUACCACCUGAAAUGCAGCGCCUUCGGCGCUACAUGCUGGAUCAUCAGAAUGAUAAAGUUGCUAGGAAUCAGUUUUACUAUGACAAACCGUUUGUGGUUCAGGAUCCUUUCGAGCUUUGUCACAACGUCGCCAAAUCAAUUCCUGUGGAUGCUGCCUCACGAUUGCUGCGUUCGUUUCAUUUAAGCGCAGCAUUUAAAGGCAAUUAAGAGACCGAGACAAUAUGAGCUUGAGUUAACUAACUAUUCAUUUUUAACGUUGCAAUGAAAAUGCUAUAAUCGUUUAGUUUUUGUCUAAAGCACAAUAUUCGUUUUAUGACUUGAUUGUUUUGUUCAUAUCGAUUGUUGAAUUACAAUUUGAU